AGAAAGUCUAAUGCGGAUGCCAGAACCACCAGGUAAACAAAGCGCAUCGUUCCACGUCAACCCAAUGGGGCUCGCAGUGCCAUGUGUCUUGCUUCCGUGUGCGUGACUUGAGACCAGCUCUUUUGUUUUCAGCGGGCAAAAUGUUGGGUUGGAUCACUGGCCAGAAUGGGGACGGAGCAGAUGACUCUAGAGUCCUCGAGCCCCCAGAAACCCCCGCCCCUGUCUUCGCAAUUCGCGCCUUCAAGAGUGCCCUUUUCGGCACUCCGGGAGCAGAGGACGACGCAGAUGGUGAGCGGAACAUACUGAGGAAGACUCGACCAGUAGAGCUCCCGCGAAGCAAAAAUGAAGCACCGAAGCCAUCAGCAGAUAAGCUGGUACCAAUAGACAUGCCCAAAAGAAAGGAUUCGGACAACGAGAUGCCACAGCCGCCGCCUGCAGCGUCUCCUACCAAGAGUAUCCUAGUUACGCCAGGAACCACGUCCAACCGCCGGAAGACUGUCUCUUUUGGUGAAUCAGUCAUGGAUAAUGAACGCAAGAAGGAUGAACAAGCGUCCAAGGCAAUUAAAUUGACACCCUCGGGGAAUGUCAGUAGCCAAUGGACGUCGACUCCGCUGGAUGGCAAGAACAAAGCUCGAAGCAAACUUACGCAAAGUUUACUCGAUGCUCGGAAUAACCCAUCACUUGAUCCGCCGAAUCUCGAUUCAUCGAAGCCCGUUAAGACCCCUCAGGGGACAGAAUCUGCGACAAGAGACCAGCUAGAGGACGAUCCGGAAGACGUGACAAUCAACCUGGACGAUCCCCGUUCUCAAUCAGGGAAAUAUUGGAAAGCAGAAUUCGAAAGCUAUAGGAUGAGAACAAAUCGCGAGAUCAAGAAACUUAUCCAAUAUCGAUCCGUGGCGAAGUCCUACGCCAGAAAGAAGGAUAUGGAGUCACUACGCCUGGCAGAGAAGCUUAGAGAAGAAGAGGCCAAGGUUGCGGAUAUGGAACAGCACGUUUCCAACCUUGCUUCUACUAUGGUUGGCACGGGAGGCGAUGCCGAUAAGGAAAAGCUCAUUCAAGACCUCACGAAACAGACAGCUCUAGCCUUACAGUAUAAGCACAAGGUGAAUAGGCUACGGAAGCUCCUCGAACGGCAUGGUGUUGUCGGGAGCGACGCCGAACAACCCGAUGACGACACGGUCUCUGAAAAGAGAGAAGAGGACCUUAGGAAGACCCAGCAAGCAUUGGACCAAGCGAAUGCGAAAAUCGAGCAACUAUCACUUCAACAGGCAGAUAUGGAAAGACUCCAAAAUUUAGCGCGGACAUUCGAAGAGAAGGCCGCCUCUCUCGAGAAGGAGAAUACACGGCUUAAGCAAAGCCUCACGCGCGUCAAGCAGGAGAUGACCAAGUAUGAAGGCCGGCGGAAGGAGAAAGAAGCUAAACUGAAACAACGGGAGGCCAAGCUUGAGGCCCGAAACCAGGAAUACCGAGGACGCCUGAAGGCUGCUGCCCAGGAACGACGCGAUGCCGAGCAGUCGUUCAACGAGGAACGUAAACGAAUGCAGGAACGCAUUGACGCAUUGCAAGGCACAAUCACAAGUCUCGGACGGUUUAAGACUGGUACAUCUGGUGCGGUUCAUACUUACAGCCCGACGAAACGCCUCUCCGGGGUCGAAGCAUACGAUUUCGCAGUAGAACCGCAAACCGCAUACGUCGGCAAGCAGCGUGAACUCGAGGAACCCGGUAGCCCCAGCCCUGCAUCCAAACGCGAUAGCCGUCAGAUGCGGAGUAAUGCUCCCAAUGGCGUCCCUGAUCGAUGGAGACUGUCCAAAAGGCCUCCUAUGGAUCAUGAUGAUGAGGACCCGAUAAUCACCCUGGAGGGGUCUCCAUCGAAAUACCUUGCUUAUCACUCUGACGCCCGUCGCACGAAGGCUGCUGAAGCUGUUCCUCCCUCAUCGCCUCCUGACUUCUUCCCUACCGAGUAUCGAUCACGCGUGUCACCCCAGAAAGUCCAAUAUGAUCAACCUAGCCGUCGUGUCUUGCCCUCUCCUCGGCCUACAAUGAUCAAUUUUUCUGCAAGUUCCGACAAGCCAGAAGAUCAUGGAAGACACAAUACACAUCGUUCCAGGCAGUCUCGUCAUAGAACCAACAAUCUGCCUCCUGUUUUGCAUACUGUGUCGGCGGAGCCGGCCUUGUUAGACAAUGGCCGGACCCUAAGUCUGGCAAGUGUCAAACGAGAUGCUAUGUCCCCCGAACGCAUAGCUGCCGCCCAGGCCAGGCUGCAACAGAGAAAACACGAGAGCAGAAAAGGCGAAGAGCUCCUAGGGAAAGAAAACAUGAAAGCCUACGUUAAUUGAUCAGAAUUAUUUUUUUGCUUUUACGCUGCUGAAAUUGAACUUGUUUUGCAUAUUUGUUGGAAGUGGUGUCGCUAGAGCCGGGAGUAUGGCGUCUUCGAAGCGAAGCGAAGCAUUCUUAGCGGUAUGGGAUACGGCGCAAGUGGUUGGGUUUUUGCUUCCUUUACAACCUGCUUUGCUUCUUAUUUUAAUCCAGCCAUUAUCCCUCAGUCUUGCUUCUUCAUUUCUUUCAUUACUCUUCUUUUUUCUCUUUUGUCUCUUGAGUUCAUUCUCUUUUCAAUGGGAUAUACCCGGAGACCCGAGUCGUGGUUAGCGUUUUUCAGUCGGUUCAAGUCAGAUUGGGAAAUUAUAUAUUUUCUAGCCGCUCAAUCUUCGCUCGCGGCAAGUGUUCUUGAAAUGUAGCUGUUUAGGUCAGUAUUACUCCCUACUGUACAGCUUGGACAUUCAACGUAUAUAUAUAUAUAUAUAUAUGCGACUUGU